AUGGCAGAUGUACGAUCCCUCCUCAAGAGCGAAAGAGCUGCUCGAAGAAUACAACACCAGCACGCAAGCUACACUCCGACUGGCACUCUUCUUUGCACCGUCUGCCACCUCCAGCUCAAGAGCGAGACAUUAUGGGACGGCCAUCUUCGGUCGGCAGGACACAUGAUGCGAGCACAGAAAGCCCAAGAAAGCGAAGCUUCAGCUCCUGAGGUACCCUCGAAGAAGAGGAAAGCAAGUGACGAGGACGGGGCGAGCAUGGUCAGCAAGAGGAGCAAGCCGGCCAACGGUCUGCCUGAAGGAUUCUUCGAUACUGGAUCUCAGCAAGUUGAAGUUGCACAACUCCCUAUGGAACUGCACAUUCCUUCGCGGCCAGCAACGCCUUCCAAGACCCUAGCGCCGGAGCUCAAGAAGCCAGAAGUGCUAGUCGACGAGGACGAGUGGGCAUCUUUCCAGGCAGACAUUGCUACGGCGGAAGCUCAAGUUCAGAUAGCAAAUGACGCGGUGAUCUCGGCCCCUGCAAUGUCGGCUGCGGAGGUUGCGAAGAAGACGGUGGAAGAGGAGUACAUGCAGAGGAAAGAGAAGAUGGAAGCUGAGAUUGAAGGCGACAAGGAAGAUGCUGCGAGGAAAAUGGAAGAGGAGCUGGAUGAGAUGGAGAGCUUGGAGGCGAGAGUUAAGAGGUUACGUGAGAAGAGGGAGGGAUUGAGACGCAAGGAGAGUGUGAUGGGAUUGAAUAAACCCGUGCCGGCUUUAGUGGAAACGAGCACCCUCCACGACGACGAGGACGACGAAGAGGACGAAGACGAAGACGAAGACGAAGACGACGACUGGGAUGGGUUUCGAAUGAAGGGGUAG